UCUGUUUCAAACCAAUAAUCUGUAUCUAAGAUGAGAACAGACGUCUUAACAGAAACUUGGCUGAACCAUACUUUUGCUACAACACUUCUUUCAGCUGCUUGUAUUUUCUUGUUCCUUCGUUGGUUCUUAACACGACCCAGGAACUUUCCACCAGGUCCUUUCGGUCUUCCCAUCGUCGGAUAUCUUCCUUUCCUUAGCAAAAAACCUUUUCUGGAUUUUAUAGAUCUCAGUAAGAAAUAUGGCAACGUGUUCAGCCUCCGUGUGGGAAGUCAAAACGUCGUCGUUCUCUGUGAUUUUCUGGCUGUCAAGGAAGCUAUGAACAAAGAUGCUUUUCUAGACCAUCCACCAGAUAUUCAGAUUCAAGGACUGUCAGAAAAUAUAAGUUUUGCAUCAGUAAAUGGAAAUUUGUGGAAAGAACAACGACGAUUUUCGGUUCAUAUUUUACGUAAUCUUGGUUAUGGUAAAACAAAAAUGGAAGACCACAUCAAAGAAGAAAUCAGCAUUAUUUUAGCUCAUCUGGCAUCUCUGGAUGGAACUGUUUGUGAUGUUCGAGAAGUCCUAGUUCCAAGCAUGUCUAACAUCAUUUCUGCAUUUGUUUUUGGACGGAGAUUCGACUAUAACGACCCAAAAAGAAAAUAUCUAGAUGAAAGACUCAACGAAUUUGUAGAGUACAUCCAAUGGUUUAACGUGAAAACCUUCUUUCCCUGGAUGAAACCAUUUCUGUCCAUUUUAAAAUCUGGACAAUUUAGAAAAUUUGAAGAAGCGACAAAAAAAUUGUUGACAUUCAUUCGAUAACAUGUUGUGUGGAAAUGUUCAUGUUUGGUUUCUUGGAGGCAGCGGAACCGUGCGAACAACAAUAGAAUGGUGUCUCAAAACUAUGGCCGCAUACCCGGAUGUUCAGAAACGAGUGCAAAACGAGAU